CGAUGACAGAGGAUGGGAGCGAAGCUGCGGCACUGGUAGAGAAGAAGUGACGAGAAGGCAAAGUGAAUGAGUGUUGGUGCAUGAGGCCUUCAGGUCCUGCUAAGAUAACCCAUGGAGCCAGACAUCAUGCCCUUGCAUGCCUCCUCCCCCCCUCCACUGGAUGAUGAUGGAGAUGGGGAGGCGGGAUCAGAGGAGGACGAGUUUGGGGACUUUGGGGGAUUCUCUCUCGGGGUGUCUUGCUCGCCUCCUGGCUUUGCUGAUCCUACUGAUUCAUCAUCCAGCCUGGGACAGCCUUCCUCCGACAUAAAGCCAGCCACCCGUCCACCCAACUGCAGCUUUAAUAACCCAAUUAAACAAUCCCAGCCCACAUCCACUGUGAACUCGGAGUCUGGCAGGGGCCAAAAAGACGCGGGAGGACAGGAUUAUAACACUGAAUCACGUGUGCCCCUCACAAACGGCUAUUCUGAAAGAGACCACCACUCUGGGACCAACAUAGCCUCCGCAGUGGGUGCGUGCUCUCCCAGAGAAGAGACAGGGUUUGCUGAUUUCACUGUGUUUACAGAGCAGGCAGCACAUCCCUGGUGCUGUGGCUUCACUCCCUUGGGCAGCACAGAGCAAUGGGAUGGCACAGCGGUAGGAACAAACUCUUCCAACAGACAGGGUGAACAAAUCUGUGACCCAGGACAGGAGGUCAUUAUGGACUCUGAGCCCAGACCUCAUUGUGCAGAUAAGGCGAAAGAAAAAGUUUGCACUAUGGUCAAACACUGUGAGAAAAGAGAUGCGGCACUGGUGCUACCAUCUCAGGACCGCCACCAGCCUCAGGAAGCUGCAGCAGCUUUGGAUUUUCCACCUGAGGAGCCUCAUUCUGGGGAGGAAGAGUCAGGCAAGCCCGGGGACAGCCAGAGGGGACGGAGGCAUGGUUUUAACUCUUUACAAACCACGGAGGUGCAGGAGGAUGGGGAGGCAGAAGAAGGCAGGGACGAUCAAGAAAAGAGCAUCUCUAUUAACCCCCAAACAUUCAGUGUGUAUGAGUCUGCUUCUGAGGACCUGGCAUCCUUCUGUGAGGAUUUGUCAUUCGAGGGUCCUUCUUUGGAUUUGGAACCAAACGUUUCAUCUCUUGCUUCGGAGGAUCAGACUGACUGGGACCAGACUGAUGACGAAGAAGAAGAGGUGGGAAACUACAGCAAUUCUGACUCUUUUGUCGUCAACAGCGUGGAAAAUCUCCCACAGUCUCAGGCAGAGAAGGGUUUUCAUUAUUGCGACCAAUCUGCGACUCAGGAAACUUCUGCUACCUCCAACCAAUCACAAUCAGGAACACAUACAGAAGACAGUUUUGCAGACUUCAAAGACUGUAGUUUUGAGCAUCAAAGGGACCAAGGACAUGUCCAAACAGCCGAUGAAGGAGUGCAGAGUCUAGGAAACCUCCCACCGAGUGACAGCUUUGCAGAUUUCUGCUCAGCGCCCAUGCAGGAGGAUGGAGAUGGGUCGUGGGCGGAGUUUAAGGUCCAGAGGGCUCAGGAGGAGGGAGGAACUUGGACACAGUUCAGAGAGCAAGUCAGCAGCCUGCAGACUGAUGGGAGCACUCAGGAGGAGACGGGCAGGCCAGGGCAGGAUGGGGUUUGCAGGAGGAACAGCUGUCAGGCGUCCCUUUCUUGCCGUGUCCAGCAGCUACUCCUGGCCAGUUUUCCAGAGGGAGAGGUCCCAGCUGCGGAGGGUGAGGAGGAGGUGCUCAGCCUCGGUGCUCUGCUUCACGCCCGACACCUCCCUGAGAGUGAGGAGGAGGAGGAGAUACCAGAACUCUGUCCCGGAUCUCAGUGGAUUCAGCAGGGGAUGUGGUGGCCACCUCAGGACCUCCACAGUGCAGUUGGCCUCAAGUUUCAGUGGGGAGGUUCUCAUACAAACAGGACUCUGCUCAGGUGCCUCGGCAUGGACACAAGGAAUAUUGUUUUCAUUGGCAUGAAGAAGCAGCCAGUGGCUGUACCGGCUUUUGCAUCCAACCUGGGAAUGCUAGAGCCCACCAAAGACUCUGUGUCUGCUGUCUGUUCUCCGGGACACACAGCGGUCACAGCACAAGCUCCUCCAGUACCCAGGGACACAACGGACCCCUCAACAGAUUCAAUGCAGGAGGCGCUCCCCUCCAGCCAGCUGGACUGGAGCCGCCACGGCCUUAGCAGCUCUCAGGACGGCUGCUCUGCUCUCAACCUGGAUUAUUUUGGUCCUGAGGAGGAGAGCAGAUCCUGCAGCAGCAGCUGUAGCAACAGCCCUCCUCCAGGAGUUGACCGUGAGCUGUAUGAGUUCACCAUCAGCAAAGUGGAAAUCGACGCAAACAGUAGCCACAUGGAGGACACGUUGAAUCGCCUGAUGUCCACUGCGGAGAAAACCAGCACGACAGUCAGGAAACCUCAGCAGGAUGAAGAACUGAGUGCGGAGGCUGUCAGGAUGAUCUCUGGACUGCCUAACCUGUCUUUCAUGCAGGCCAAGGUCCUCAUGUUCCCAAGCAUCCUCGUACCCAAAUAAUGCUGUUCCCCAAACUUACAGUGAUGUGUGUGAUUUCUGCACACAUUCACAGUGAAUACUUAAUCUGCCACCUCUUGUAGUUAAUACAGGAUGCAAUAAGGAGACCAAAACAGUGAGUUGAUCUUCCUGCUUUGGUCAAAAUGCUCCACCUGCUGGCUAUCUGCAGUCUUUAGCCUUAAAGAUGUGGCUCUUUGUCAGUAGAGAGGCAGAAUGAACUCAUAUGUAUCAACUUAUUUAUUCAUUUCCAUGUGAAGUGCAAAGACGCAGUUUUAAUGUUUGUUUUACACCAAGCUUUACUUUUUUCAAAGUCGAGUUGUUUAUUUUGGUCUGAAUGGACCCAUACACACACACAUGUUCACCAUAGAGACUUUUACAGCAAACCGUCCCACUUUAAUCCUGCUUUAUUAUGUAUCAGUGGUGUAGGAGAUGAAAGAAUGUAUUUUCUGGAUGGUUUGACCCGGAGUAAGUAAAGUGGCCUUCAUGAAGAUGUGUGAAGUAUGAAAGAAUAUUUUCUUUUUAAAUUCAUUUCUUAACUUCUGUUUUUAUCUUAAGACUUGUAGACCGUCAGCCAGUAAAGCUGGUUAAUUGGCUAUUUAUUACAGUUUUAACCUGUUUUCCCCCCCACAACAAACAAUAUUUAUUUUCACAA